CAGCAGCCUCAAGCUUCGCAGGUUAUCAUGGCGAUAAGACACGCAUCUUCCCCUUGAACCCCGUGCAGCGGCACCGACAGCAACAACAAAGGACACCACCACCACCACCACCACCUCCUCCUCCACCUCCUCCUCCUCCUCCUCCUGCAGCGCUACAUGAGAACACACAUCGAGUCCCGUGCAGCGCGCAGACUGCCGGACGUGCAGCCCGGAUCAGAGAGAGGACAUAGCGUGUGAGCAGCGUCAUGGCAGCGUCGGAGCUGUACACAAAGCGUGCUCGGGUGUGGAUCCCCGAUGCAGAGGAGGUGUGGAAGUCUGCCGAGCUGACCAAGGACUACAAAAAUGGCGAAGCCUCCCUGCAGCUCGCGCUGGAGGAUGGAACGAACAUUGAGCACAAACUGGACCCCAAAACUAAGAACCUGCCUUACCUGCGAAACCCUGACAUCCUGGUGGGCGAGAAUGACCUCACAGCACUCAGCUACCUCCACGAGCCGGCCGUGCUGCACAACCUCAAGGUCCGCUUCAUGGACUCCAAGCUCAUCUACACUUACUGUGGAAUCGUUCUGGUGGCCAUCAACCCGUAUGAGACGCUGCCAAUCUACGGCUCGGACAUCAUCAAUGCGUACAGCGGUCAGAACAUGGGAGACAUGGACCCACAUAUCUUCGCUGUGGCAGAGGAGGCUUACAAACAGAUGGCCAGGGACGAGAGGAACCAGUCGAUCAUUGUGAGCGGGGAGUCCGGAGCAGGAAAGACGGUGUCGGCCAAAUACGCCAUGAGAUACUUUGCUACGGUCAGCGGCACCACCAGCGAGGCCAACGUAGAGCAGAAAGUCUUGGCUUCCAACCCCAUCAUGGAGGCCAUCGGAAAUGCAAAGACCACCCGAAAUGACAACAGCAGUCGCUUUGGGAAAUACAUCGAGAUCGGCUUCGACACCCGCUACCGUAUCAUCGGCGCCAACAUGAGAACAUAUCUGCUAGAGAAAUCACGAGUGGUGUUUCAGGCUGACGAGGAAAGGAAUUAUCACAUCUUCUAUCAGCUCUGUGCAUCUUCCCAUCUGCCUGAGUACAAGGCGCUGAAGCUGAGCAGUGCAAACGACUUCUUGUACACCAGGCAGGGCCGCAGCCCCGUUAUCGUCGGAGUGGACGACACCAAGGAGCUGUCCACCACUCGCAAUGCCUUCACAUUGCUCGGUAUUAAUGAGUCCAAUCAGAUGGGCUUGUUCCAGGUUUUGGCUGCUAUUCUUCAUCUGGGAAACGUGGAGAUAAAGGACAGAGACUCAGACAGCAGCGUCAUUCCUCCCAACAAUCACCACCUGACGGCGUUCUGCGAGUUGGUGGGCGUGACCUACCAGGACAUGUCUCAGUGGCUGUGCCACAGGAAGCUGAAGACGGCCACAGAGACGUAUAUCAAGACCCUGCCCCGCCUGCAGGCCACCAACGCCCGUGACGCGCUGUCAAAACACAUCUACGCCAAGCUCUUCAACUGGAUUGUUGAGCAUGUUAACAAAGCCCUAAUCACCAAUAUCAAACAGCACUCCUUCAUCGGGGUCCUCGACAUCUACGGGUUUGAAACAUUUGAGAUCAACAGCUUUGAGCAGUUUUGUAUCAACUACGCCAACGAGAAACUCCAGCAACAGUUCAACAUGCAUGUGUUCAAGCUGGAGCAGGAGGAGUACAUGAGGGAGCAGAUCCCCUGGACUCUGAUUGACUUCUACGACAAUCAGCCCUGCAUCAACCUCAUAGAGGCCAAGAUGGGCAUCCUGGACCUGUUGGACGAGGAGUGCAAGAUGCCCAAAGGUUCGGAUGAUUCUUGGGCUCAGAAACUCUACAACACCCACCUAAAGACCUGCUCCCUCUUCGAGAAGCCGCGCAUGUCCAACCGCGCUUUCAUUAUUCAACAUUUUGCUGACAAGGUGGAGUACCAAUGUGAAGGUUUCCUGGAGAAGAACAAAGACACGGUGAACGGAGAACAGAUCAACGUGCUGAAAGCCAGCAAGUUUCACCUGCUGGUGGAGCUGUUCCAGGACGAGGAGAAAGCCACCAGUCCCACUGGUCAGGUCCCUGGCACCGGAGGGAGGACCCGCCUCAGCAUCAAACCCGACAAGGGCCGUGACAAGAGCAGCAAGGAGCACAAGAAGACCGUUGGAUGCCAGUUUCGUAACUCGCUGCAAAUGCUGAUGGGUACUUUGAACGCAACGACCCCGCACUAUGUACGGUGCAUCAAACCCAAUGACUUCAAGUUGGCCUUCUCGUUUGAUCCUAAACGUGCGGUGCAGCAGCUCAGAGCCUGUGGUGUCCUGGAAACCAUCCGCAUCUCUGCUGCAGGUUUCCCAUCCAGAUGGACGUACCAGGAGUUCUUCAGCCGUUACAGAGUGCUGAUGAAGCAGAAGGAUGUGUUAACUGACAAGAAGUUGACCUGCAAAAAUGUUCUGGAGCAACUUGUGCAGGACCAGGACAAAUACCAGUUUGGUAAGACCAAGAUCUUCUUCAGGGCCGGCCAGGUUGCCUACCUGGAGAAGUUGAGGGCUGAGAAGCUGCGUGUGGCCUGCAUUCGCAUCCAGAAAACCAUUCGCUGCUGGCUGGUGCGCAAGAAGUAUCUGCGCAAGCGCAGCGCUGCCAUCACCAUCCAGAGGUUCACCAGAGGAUACCAGGCUCGCUGCCUGGCCAAGUUCAUGCGUCGCACGCAGGCGGCCACCGUUAUCCAGAAGUACCAGCGGAUGUGCGUGGAGAGGAAACGCUACAGACAGAAGCAGGCUGCUGCUCUGGUCAUGCAGACGAUCCUCAGAGCUUACAUGGCCCGGCAGAAGUACCAGGCGUUACUGCGGGAGAGCAAGAUGGUGAUCAUUCAGAAGCGCGUCCGUGGCUGGCUGGCUCGGUGCUGGUACAAGCGCUGCCUCGUCUCCCUCGUCUACCUGCAGUGCUGCUUCCGCAGGAUGAAGGCCAGGCGCGAGUUGAAGAAGCUGAAGAUCGAGGCUCGCUCAGUGGAGCACUUCAAGAAGCUCAACAAAGGCAUGGAGAACAAGAUCAUGCAGCUGCAGAGGAAACUCGACGAGCAGACCAAGGAAACCCGGUUGGUCAACGAGAGGCUAGUCGGUCUGGAGAAUACCUACACAAACGAGAGCGAGAAGAUGCGUGUCGAGCUGACCCGGCUGCGCAGGGCGGAGGAGGAUGCCAAGAACAAAGGCAACCAAGUGACCUCUCUGCUGGAGGAGCUGGAGAAGCUGAGGAAGGAGCUGAGUUCCACACAGAAGGAGAAGAAGACCAUCGAGGACUGGGCGCAAACCUACAGGAGCGAAAUGGAGAAAAUGGUCUCGGAGCUGAAGGAUCAGAACGGCUCUCUGAAGAAAGAGAAGGACGACUUGAACAGGAUGAUUCUGGAACAGAGUCAGCAGAUGACAGAGAAAAUGGCCCGUUCGAUCGCAGAGGAGACUCAGCAGCUGGAGACCAAUCUGAACGAGGAGCGAUCUCGCUACCAGAAUCUGCUGACAGAGCACCUUCGCCUCGAAGAGAAAUACGACGACCUGAAAGAAGAGAUGGUUUCCUCGAACGUCUCCAAGCCUGGCCACAGGAGAACAGAUUCCACCCACAGCAGCAACGAAUCAGAGUACACAUACAACUCAGAGUACGCCGAAUUGGAAGACGGUUCCCGUGCCGCCGAGGAUGUGACACGAGGAAUAGACACCUCGCUGACCCUCAAGCUGCAGAAACGUUUAACAGAACUGGAGCAAGAAAAGCAGUCGCUGCGCAACGAGCUGGAAAACAAAGAGGACCAGUUCCAGCGGGCUAGAGCCAGGGAUGACGUAGAGUUUAAAAAGGCUCGUGGGGCAGAGCUGGAGUACGAGUCCCUUAAGCGUCAAGAGCUGGAGUCAGAGAACAAGAAACUGAAACAUGACCUGGCGGAGAUAAGGCAAAGCCUGAUGGGUAAAGCAGCUACAGGUGCUGGGACCCCGGGCUCCCCGGCCUACAAGGUGGUCUUGGAGCAGCUCAACGCCUCCUGCGAGGAACUGGAGGUCCGUAAGGAGGAGGUGCUGAUCCUUCGCUCCCAGCUGGUCAGCCAGAAGGAAGCCAUGCACCACAAGGAGACCAUGACCGAGCCUUCAGUCUAUGUCGAGGAUGUGUCCAAACUGAAGGACGCUGGUGAACUCAAGCAAGCUUACGUAGGCCUCAAAGACACCAACAGGCUCCUGGAGCACCAGCUGCAGACUCAGCGGAGAGGAUACGACAACGAGGUGGAGUCGUUGCGCGGCGAGCUGCAGAAUGUCAAGGAGGAGAACAACCGUCAGCAGCAGCUCUUGGCCCAAAACCUGCAGCUGCCUCCAGAGGCCCGAAUCGAAGCCAGUCUGCAACACGAGAUCACCCGGCUCACCAACGAGAACCUGGAACUCCUGGCUGAAGACCCCACAGCAUCCCGAGAGGCUCGAGUCAUCAUUUUACGACGGAUGGUUGAUCUAAUGGAGCAGCUGGAGAAGCAGGACCGAACCAUCCGCAAGCUCAAGAAGCAGCUGAAGGUUUACUCCAAGAGGAUCGGAGAGAUGGGGGCGGGUCAAACCGAGGGACAGACGUCCCCGGGACAGAUGGUGGACGAGCCGAUUCAUCCCGUCAACAUUCCUCGCAGGGAGAAAGAUUUCCAAGGGAUGCUGGAGUACAAGAAGGAGGAUGAGCUCAAACUGGUCAAGAACCUCAUCCUUGAGCUGAAGCCUCGUGGUGUGGCCGUGAAUCUGAUCCCAGGUCUGCCGGCCUACAUCCUGUUCAUGUGUCUGAGACAUGCGGACUACGUCAACGAUGACCAGAAGGUCCGCACCCUUCUCACCUCAACCAUCAACAGUAUUAAGAAGAUCCUAAAGAAACGAGGAGACGACUUUGAGACGGUCUCCUUCUGGCUGGCGAACACCUGCCGCUUCUUACACUGUCUGAAACAAUACAGCGGAGACGAGGCGUUCAUGAAGCACAACACGCAGAGGCAGAAUGAACACACUCUGUCCAACUUCGACCUGGCAGAGUACAGACAGGUGAUCAGUGACCUGGCCAUCCAGAUCUACCAGCAGCUGAUCAAAUGCAUGGAGAACAUCCUCCAGCCCAUGAUAGUUUCUGGCAUGCUGGAACACGAGACCAUCCAGGGAGUGUCGGGGGUUAAGCCCACAGGCCUCCGUAAGCGAACAUCUAGUAUCGCAGACGAGGGCACCUACACCCUGGACUCCAUCCUGCGGCAGCUCAGCGCCUUCCACUCCACCAUGUGCCAGCACGGCACCGACCCCGAGCUCAUCAAGCAGGUGGUGAAGCAGCAGUUCUACAUCAUCGGAGCCGUCACCCUCAACAACCUGCUGCUACGCAAGGACAUGUGCUCCUGGAGCAAAGGCAUGCAGAUCAGGUACAAUGUAAGUCAGCAGGAGGAGUGGCUCAGGGACAAAGGUCUAAUGAUGUGCGGAGCCAAGGAGACUCUGGAGCCUCUGAUUCAGGCCGCUCAGCUGCUGCAGGUGAAGAAAAAGACCGAUGAGGACGCCGAGGCCAUCUGCUCCAUGUGCCUGGCCCUCACCACUGCUCAGAUUGUGAAGGUCUUGAACCUCUACACUCCAGUCAACGAAUUUGAGGAGAGAGUAUCGGUUUCGUUCAUACGAACCAUACAGACUCGCUUGCGAGAUCGUUGUGAGAGUCCGCAGUUGUUGAUGGACACCAAGAUGAUUUACCCGGUCACUUUCCCGUUCAGCCCUUCCUCCCUCGCCCUGGAGACCAUCCAGAUCCCCAGCUCGCUGAACCUGGGAUUCCUCACCCGUGUCUAAACCGAGGCCCCACAGGAGGGCGGCAAUUUUGAUGUAGUGGCCACAGUUGUAAUUGCAAGUCAAAAAAGUAUAUAUAAAAAAAAUUAAGAUUUGUAUUGACACAGUUUGAGCAAUUAUGUCCAGAAAAUUAAGAGAAAAAAAUCUAAUUGCUUCAAUUCAAAACAUGGAUUCAAGUUCUCUUAAGAGAUCCCUUGACUGAUCCUGAACAUGACACAAAGAAAACCCAAUCACAUACUGAACUUUCAACAUGCAUCUGUACAAUACUUGCAUUCUCUGAACGUACACAUGCACGCCUACACUCAUGUGCACUUUCUCUCUUACAAAAUCCACAAAUACACACGACACCCACAGUCGCCGUCGCUGGUUUGAAUCCGUCUGUAAAAGGUCAUCGUCCAUCCACUCGCUUGUAAAAACGCCUGCCUCUUAGAGAAGCCACAGGACCAGGUCUAUGCCUCCAGUACUCGCUCUGCAUCCACACCUGGGUCUGUUUGAGCGGUCCUGACCCCGGUUUACCCCAGCCCCCUCCUUUGUGAUUCAACUAGCUGUUAAGAUUGUCUCUUCCUGCAGACCAUUACUUUGGAAGAAAAGUAAAAUAUUAAAUCUUGUCAUAGUCUCGUUCUUCGGUGAGAAUGUACGUUACAAUACACGGGAGCAGGCCCAAAAGGAGGUGUCGAGACCUCACAAAGAGGAAUAACUUGACAAAUAGAAGUCUAGCUUUAAAUGUUGGCUCUAUAUUUGUAAAGCAAAGUGAAUGCCGAGUCCCAGUAGGGAGUCCAGCUGAGUGACACCGCGCUAAAGUUAGCUCUCUCUCCACCCCAUGUUGAGGCAACCUUCAUUCUGUCAUCGUCAUUUCACUCUCUGAAACACAGUCAAGCCAAGACAGAACUCAUCUUCUGUACUAUAUUAUUUAUACAUAUAUAAAUAUGAAUAAUAUAUAUCAUGUAUUUUAUUUAUUGCAUUUACCUCCGUCCCCACCCUUCCCUUUUUUAGAUUUAGGAGCUUUCUCUUUGCAGUAAACACGUCCGACAUAUGAAGGCUGGGACCAUCAUUUCCCCCACAGCUCUGUAAGGACUGUUUAGGUCCAUUGUAGGCUGUUUAUGUCAAUAUCAGGUAAAUGAUGUACUAUAGUUUAAAGAGUGCCAGCACAGAUGAUUAUUUGUUAGGUCACGUCUUAACGUUAGAGAUGUCGCUUUACCAUGUUUGUCCUGCAUUUCAGGCAGAUGAAGUGUAGCACAGGUUUUAACUGAGGAGAGAUUUAGAAGGUACGAAGGUUUAAGCUCUGACAAGGGUUUAACCUGCUGCAAUCUACACUGUUUACAGCUGAGACCAGAGCUGAGCGUCACAGGAAACACUGGCACAAAGAUAUUUAACUCUCUCACACACACACACACACACACACACACACACACACACACACACACACACACACACACACACAUUACACUCUGCUUACUGCUGUAUCACAGGGAGUUUGUCCUCCUCUCUCGACUUUCGCCGCUCUGGUCACAGCUCUAGUCACAGCUCUAGUCAGUGCUUUGAUGCUGUUUUACUAUUAUCAAUGUGGAAAUAUUUAUUUCAGUAUUGUCAUUUUCUUAACCAUUAAAGCUAUGUAUAUCAUGAAGCCAUGUAUCACUGAGCAGAAUGGACAAAUAAGGUUUCUCUGAUGUUGGUUUUUGGAAGGUUCGUCUCAAAUAUGUCCAGCUUUACACCAGCGUCUUCUUCUUUAUUCCCACACUAACCCGAUUCCUCUCCUGCCCCACAUGCCUUCCUGUUUAUGCCUUUCCUGUGGCUAGGAAAGCACAAUAUGGGCCUUUAUAACCAAAAAACAAUAGAAUAUGUGGAACUGCAUUUUUCCCACAUCUCAAUUGCAUGGGGUUACUGAUGUAGAAAGAUAUUUUAGUCUUUUCUGUUUGGUGCUCUGAUUGUUCUGGUUCAGAUAUCCAGACAUAUUUGGCACUUGCUUUCAUAGGCUGAGGGUGAUAUUGCACCACACCCAAUAAAUACUCAGUCAGCAUGGCCUCAGUGUGGUAUAACAACUACCCAGCAUGCACUGCUGCUGCUGCUGCCCUCAUCACACCUGCAUGGGCUUGGCUUUACCAUCAUUACCAGUUACAAGAAAUGAACCCGCAUGCUUUUGUUCUUUUUAUUGUUUGAACAGAGAAACCUAGCUGAGAGUCGUUGGAUGAGUUUCAGGGAAUCUGCCAAUUUUGUUACAAAAAAGUCCUUUCACAUGGUCCUCGCUGCCUCAUGUUCAGCACUUUUGCCCCGUCUACUACUGUUGUGCCAUUAGUAUUAACAGUCAACCGAAAUUUGCCUCUUGCCCUCAUGUGUACCUUAUUUUUGCCUAAUGACCUCACCCUGUCACAAACUCAUUUCAAUGAAUACUUUCUCAUUUUUUAAGGUGCUUACAUAUAAAGGGGAUUGUGAAAGGUCACCAAAACUGGACUCAGUACCUUUUUUUUUAUUUAAUGUCUUGUUUAGUUUUAAAACCAACCAACAAAGGAAAUAUGAGUGAACUCGCUGGUGAAGAUACAGUAUGUGCUGAGAAAUAAAUAUAUUUUACCAAGGUGAAGUAUCUCAUUAAAUGCCAUAUAAACUACAGACAAAAACAAAUUGUAAGUGGAGUAAAGAGAAGUUAGUAUGUGAAGUUGUUUUGUGUUGCACUAGUAUUUGAGAACAGUUUGAUAUCCAUUGGGACCACAUGUUAUCAGUCUGCCUUCUGUUAUAUCAUUUGGAUACAUAGGUAGUUUAAAGUAUGGUUUGUGUGAAGAGUACAUUUCUGUGGCGAUGAAGACGGUAACUGAAGGAAUGAAAUAACCACAUGAAUGUUUGAAACUGUUAAUGAACUGUAUCAUGAUUUUUAGUUGCACAUUGUUGGACAAAGCCUUAUCUGAAUGAUCUGCUAUCUGAAUGACUUAAACACAUGAUCAACAUUGUGGCAUUGUUUUGUUCUGUCAGUGCAGUUUUUUUUUUCCUCCACUCUAAAAUUAAUAUAAAUUGUUAAAUGUGGUCAUUUAUUUUAUUUUGAUAAGGUGUCCUUUUGUCCUACACUUGGUGUCACAGAUGGGUCGGACUAUUUAGACAUCAGUCCAGAUGCACUUUUUAGACAUUGCUGAGAAAGUCAGAUAAAUGAUAGAUGGAUAAGGAUUGUAAAAAUAAAUACUCCCACCACCUUUCUACUGAACUGCGACCCAUUAAGCUUCCUCCACCACAUUCCCUCUGCAAGUGGCUUCACUUUCUUAUCAGCAAUUUUUUUUGUUUUAUUAAAUCUAUGAAUCAAUGCGAGCCACAAGCAAGAAAACACAGUUUUCUUGCAGCAGCAGCAACCUUCUCACACUUGUUCAUAGUAUCCUGGUGAACUGAUGUAUUGAGAGUGCAGAGUGGAAAGGCUGGCCUAGUUUCAGAGGAGAAAAACAAAACCACACAUUCAUUCAUUUUGUUGAGCAGAGCUGCAGGGUCUUGUUCCCCUGGGCUUCUCUUGGGCUCUCAAACAGGAGAAAGUGUCAUUCCUUCACUCUGUGUUUUUACAUUAAGGGGAGAGUUGGUUGUAAGAUACGACGUAGACAUUAUAAAUGACCAUUGUUCUUAUCAGCACUAGCGUUGAUUGUGCCAUUUUAAACAUUGUGAACAAACAGAACAUAUAUCAUCACCCCAGCUGUUUAUGGUACCGGUGUGAAAACACUGAAGCCAGUACCACAUGUUUCCUCUCUGACCCAUGUGUACAUUUGACAAACUGGACUGUUUGUAGUUUCUGGUAGCUGUGCUUAGUGAAUGUGUUCACCGUUAAGAAACUAAAAAACUUGGAAUAAAUUGUCAAAUCUGUAAAAGUAAAAUAAAAGGA